AUGUCUGAACAGAUUACUUAUUCGUAAGUUAUUGAGUUUUUCUGGUUUUUCUUUCCUUUUAUACUAUUCAUAUGUGCUGUUCUCAUGAAAUUUUACAUAAAGACAAACAUUCAUAUUGAUUAAAUACAGAAUAAAUCAUAAUCAUACAGCAAAUAAAAUCAAAAUGGAAUUAAAUAAAAUGAGCUUCAAAAAAAUAAUAAUGAUAGUCUUUAAGGUCCAGGUAUUGGAUUAUCAUUUAUUAUAAUUAGAAAUACAAAUUGUUAGUGAUGUUUCACAAAAUCAACAGAUUAAUAUAGUUUAUGAAGGAGAAAAAAAAUAAAUAUCAUAGGCAUAGUAAAUGUAAUAAAUACCUUAAUUAUCAACUAUUUCUCCAAAUCUAACAGAAAAUGUAAAGAUUAAUGUUUAUUAUUCAAAUUUAGACAAGAACUGUUAAAUUGUUUAAUGGAUUAAAUGAAAUUGUUUCAACUUAUUUUCCUUUACUUUCAGUCUCGAUAAUUUGUAUUAAUAAUUUUGCUGCAUGGAGUUGGGCAUUAUCUUUCUUUAUUUUAUUUCUAAUUUUUAUUAUUGCUUUCAAUAUAAUUUAAUUCUAAAGCAACUUUUCAGAUACAAUAAAAAGUAAGUGUUUAUAUUAUUUAACAAGAAUUUUUAUACAUAAGUCAUCACAUAUGGCUAUGUGGUUUAUUUAUUAGUUAUUUGGCCUGCAAAUUAAAAUUGUACAAUUGA